UUAUCGGAUGAUGUAACCAAUUAUCUUCAUAAAAUGAGAAACAAACAUGACUUCACAAACAUCUUAUGUUGAGUAGUAUUAGUGAAUGCAAUGGAAGGAAAAGCAAAUGAAGCCCCGACUAUAGGCAUUGACCUCGGAACAACAUACUCAUGUGUUGCAGUAUGGUACCGUAACCGGAUAGAAAUCAUACCAAAUGAUCAAGGCAACCGAACCACACCAUCAUGUGUCGCUUUCCUUGAUACAGAACGUCUCAUCGGCGAUGGUGCCAAGAACCAAAUAGCCAUGAAGCCUGCUAACACCAUAUUUGAUGCUAAGAGAUUGAUUGGAAGAAAGUACAGUGAUUCCAUGGUGCAGGAAGACAUGAAGUGGUGGCCUUUCAAGGUCAGACAAGGGCCUAGCGACACACCAAAGAUUGUUGUCUCCUACAAAGGUCAAGAGAAGGAAUUUUUUGCCGAAGAGAUUUCGUCAAUGGUUCUUAGUAAGAUGAAAGAAAUAGCUGAGGCAUACCUUGGAAAAGUUGUGAAAAAUGCGGUGAUAACGGUGCCUGCUUAUUUCAAUAACUCUCAACGUCAAGCAACAAAGGAAGCUGGAAUCAUCGCUGGUUUAAAUGUCAUCCGCAUCAUCAAUGAGCCUACAGCAGCUGCAAUCGCGUAUGGUUUGGAUAAUAACGCUUCUAUUAUUGGCAAGAUAAAAGUCCUCAUCUUUGAUUUGGGUGGAGGCACUUUUGAUGUCUCUUUAUCGACAAUUGAAGAAGGGGGUAUCUUUGAAGUGAAAGCGGUUGCUGGCAACACUCAUCUGGGAGGUGAGGAUUUUGAUAACCGCAUGGUGAAUCACUGUGUGCGGGAAUUUAAAAGAAAAUAUGAUGUAGACUUGACGGGGAACCAACGGGCAUUGGGGAGGUUGAGAUAUGCUUGUGAGAAAGUGAAAAGGAUUCUCUCAAGUACUACUCAGACCACAAUCGACUUGGAUUGCUUACAUGCGGGAAUCGACUUUUCUAUGAAGUUUACUCGCGCUAAAUUUGAAGAGCUGAACAUGGAUUCAUUCAAUGAAUGCAUUCAGAUAGUGGAGAAAUGUUUACAUGAUGCAAGUGUUGAAAAAUCUAGUGUAGAUGAGAUUAUUCUUGUCGGUGGCUCGACUAGGAUACCUAAGAUCCAGUGUAUGUUGCAGGAAUUUUUCGACGGCAGGGAACUAUGCAAGAACGUCAAUCCUGAUGAAGCUAUUGCAUGUGGUGCAGCAAUGAUGGCUGCAAAGUUAACUGAUGAUGAUGAUACAACAUUUCAGGACCUGUCAUUGUCAGACGUCACUCCCUUAUCACUCGGUGUAGAGACAACCGGGAAAGAAAUGAAUGUUCUGAUCCCACGAAACACUCCGGUACCAACAAAGAAGGCCAAAAUCUAUGUUACAAAUAAUGAAAAUCAGUCUGCAAUUAGUAUCAAGGUAUACCAAGGUGAAAGAGCCAGAUCUACUGAUAACCAUUUCCUAGGGAAGUUCAAUGUCUAUGGAAUACCACCUGCACCCAAAGGAGUUUCACAAAUCAAGCAAUGCUUAGAAGUCGAUGUCAAUGGUAUCCUCACAGUCACGGCUGAGGUAUUAUCCACUGGUGAGUCGGAGAAACUCAUAAUACGAAAUGAAAAUGGAAGACUGUCCAAGAAAGAGAUUGAAAAGAUGAUAAAAGAUGCAGAGAAGUACAAACUUGAAGACCAAGAAUUCAAAAAGAAAAUGGAUGCAUACAAUGCAUUAGAGAAUAGCAUAUACAAAAUGAAGAAUAAGAUCAAUGAAUACAGCAUCACGAAAAACUUGCAACCCGGGAUCGUAAAGAAAAUGGAAAAUGCCAUUGCUGAAACAAUUGAAUCACUAGAAAACAACCGAGAUGCACCUAUUGAAGAACUUGAACGCAUGAAGGUAUUCUUAGAGCUUGUCUGCAUGCCUUUGAUCUAGUUCUCACCUUAUGCUGUUCAUGAAUGUGAUUUUCUGUGUUUAUAUCUUGGUG